AUUGAAUGCUAACUUGUUAAAUUAGCUCAUAAGGAUUAUCAUUAAAUGAGUGAAUUUUAGGUCAUUGUCGUGGUAAAUUAUCAUUAAAUUUUGUAUAUUUUAGUUAGGCGGGGUCCUGAAUCUGAAACAGCCGUGAGACUAUUUGUAGUGAAGUGAAGUUUGGGCGAACACAGCUAGCUGCUCUGCUCUCACUCCGAAUCGGCGGCUAGCUGCUGGAGCUUCGCCUCGGUCUAUCCUGUCUCUCAGACACUAUGGAGCUGUCCCGGAGGAUCCUGAAGGUUCUGUCCGUGUUCGUCGCUCUGUUCUCGGACAGCUUCGUGGUGCUGGCUGGCUUCUCUCAGUCCAUGGACAGCGACUUCACGUUCACUCUGCCCCCCGGACGGAAGGAGUGUUUCUACCAGACCAUGAAGAAGGAUGCCUCCCUGGAGAUAGAAUAUCAGGUAUUAGAUGGUGCCGGCCUUGAUGUAGACUUCAUCAUCUCCUCUCCCUCUGGCCAAGUCCUGUACAGCGACUACCGCAAGUCAGACGGGGUCCACACAGUUGAAACUGAGGACGGAGACUACAUGUUCUGCUUCGACAACACGUUCAGCUCCGUCUCAGAGAAGCUCAUCUUCUUCGAGCUGAUCCUGGACAACAUGGACACAGACGAGGACCCCGACGACUGGAAGGAGUACGUCCACGGGACUGACAUACUGGACAUGAAGCUGGAGGACAUCAUGGACGCCAUCAACAACGUGAAGGCUCGUCUGGGGAAGAGCGUCCAGAUCCAGACGGUGCUGCGGGCGUUUGAGGCUCGUGACAGAAACCUGCAGGAGAGUAACUUUGACAGGGUGAACUUCUGGUCCGUCAUAAACCUCAUCGUCAUGAUGCUGGUCUCGGCAGUCCAGGUCUACCUAGUCCGCUCGCUGUUUGAUGAUAAGAGGAAAAUUCGUACAUAACGCCGCCGUGCAGGGAAGGACAGAGAGAGACUAACGCUCCGAACACGCAAACCUCUGGGACCGUUUUUCUCCUGACUUUUAACGCACCACGUCGUCGACACGUUUAACCUGCUGGACGUUUGGACCCCCCCUCUAACCGAGCUGUUACUCUGAUCUUCAGUGAUCCGGACUCACAGGGACCCUGGGAGUCUGGAACAGGAACUUUUGAUAGCCUUACCUUAGCUGCUGUAACCCCAGAAAACAAGCUUGUUUAUGAUGAGACUAUUUUUCUAUCGGAGCCUGAAGUUACAUGUUCAGCUGCCAAAAUGUCCUUCUUUUCUUGGACGUGUUUUUAUUUAAGUGUUUAUUUCUGCCAAAAAGGAGAAGGGUCUUCCCUCUGUGUUACUGAGAAGCCUUACUUGUUUGUGGGUCUGAGGCCUUUGAGUAUUUCUGCCGCUGCCAUCCUUUGGUGUUAGUAAAGAGUCAUGUUGUUUAAACGCAGACAUCCAUGAGUCAUCAGGUUUUCUAGCCAAAUUCCACGUAUUUUUUCUCUCCAAAGACAUCCACUUAAAGCUGUUGAAUUUCUACAGUCGGCAUGUUUGGUAAUUAUAUUUUAAAACUUAGAUAAUCAAAAAGAAAAGUAAAGACAAAGUACAGCAUUUGACCUUAAAACGGCUUCUUUCUCAUGCUGAUGUGGAUUCAUAGAUCAGAAUUCUUACAAGUGUAGAGCCAGACCGAGCAACAGUCAUAAUAAAAUUACCCCACCACAGGGGCGUCAAACUCAAUCACAGCAGGGGCCAGAUUCUGGAUUCAGGUCUAACCUGAGGACCCAACAGGGUCAACAUUUAACCAGAACUGUCAACCUCAUUUUCACUAGUGAUAAAAUACGAAAAAAGCACUUAUGAUGGAUCAUUUUGAAAUUCAAAAAAGUAAAAAAAACGAUAAGUUUAAAGGCUCAAAUCUGGGAUUCAAAAUUCCAAUUUACUACUUCAAAAGAUCAGAACAUGA